AUGUAGUAUAUAAUAUUAUCAUCGUCAUCUCCGCAGCCAUUUCGCCAUUCGGCUGUUGCCUGCCAUUCCGAGCCGCCUCCCUCACUUUACCUACUCUUCUUCUUUCCAUUUUCUUCUUUAAUCCAGAAGUUGACGAUGGCGCUUUCCUCUGCGUCUCUCUUGGUGCCUAAUGUUAGCUCAGCUUUAGCUCCACGAGCAUUGUUGACUACCAAAUCUACGAGCUCCUUGACGAUUCCGAAACCUGCCUUUUCAUCGUAUACUUCUUCGAGCUUUUUCUCCGGUUCGAUUGGACUAUCGUCUUUGCAUUUGAACGGUCCGGUUCGGAGCAGAACCUGGUCCGCGCCCCUAUCAAUUCGUGCUGCGGCCGAGGAAGCUACACUGCAAUCAAAAGUGACGAAUAAAGUUUAUUUUGAUAUAAGCAUUGGAAAUCCAGUAGGGAAGCUUGCUGGAAGGAUUGUAAUUGGAUUGUAUGGUGAUGACGUGCCGCAAACUGCCGAAAACUUUCGUGCUUUGUGCACAGGGGAGAAGGGGUUUGGCUACAAAGGUUGUUCAUUCCACCGUGUUAUUAAGGACUUCAUGAUUCAAGGGGGCGAUUUUGAGAAUGGAAAUGGCACUGGUGGUAAAAGCAUCUAUGGUCCUAAAUUCAAAGACGAAAACUUUAAGUUGACUCACACUGGACCGGGAGUUGUUAGCAUGGCAAACGCUGGCCCUAAUACCAAUGGAAGCCAAUUUUUCAUUUGUACCGUCAAGACAUCAUGGCUGGACCAGAAGCAUGUUGUGUUCGGACAAGUUUUGGAGGGCAUGGACGUCGUUAGGGCGAUCGAAAACCAAGAAACAGACAGAGGCGAUCGCCCUAAAAAGAGGGUUGUCAUCAGCGAGUGUGGCGAACUUCCGGUAGCUUAAGGUGAAUCUUCUACUUUCAUUUUCUGUCUGGUACUUUGCACUUCAUUUUUGGCUUAUGCAUUCGGAAUUAUUCGCCGCUUGUGCUCCUCCCCGGCGUAGAGCGAGCUCUCUGUUUGACGAGGCUUGUCGAAUUUACCGAGUUAUUCGAUAUCGUAAUCGAGUAGGUUGGAGGAAAACACAACGAUAAUUGUACUGCGGAUGAGCAAUAUUUAGGACCUCUUUUGAUGACAAUUGAAGCUUAAUAUUUCUGGUA